AUGGCAUCUCGUGUUAUUGCUUUCGUUACGGGUGGAAAUGGGGGUAUUGGGUAUGAGGCGAUCAAGGCACUUUUGCAAUCCCCCAGGUCAUACCACGUUCUGAUGGGCAGUCGCUCGUUGGACAAGGCUGAAACUGCCAUCGAGACUUUGAAAAAGGAAUGUCCUCAAUCGAGUAAUACUGUCGAAGCCGUGCAGUUGGAUCUUGCCAGUGACGAUUCCAUUGAGAAGGCCUUCAAGCACGUGGAAAAGACCCACGGGCUGCUUGAUGUUCUUAUUAACAAUGCAGGAGCAGCCCUUGACCUAGAAUUCCUUGCUGGCAAGAUCUCCCUUCGUGAGUCGUUCAACAAGGCUUACGAUGUCAACGUAUCGGGCACCAACGUGUUGACUUGGACUUUCAUACCCCUCUUGCUCAAAUCUGCCGAUCCUCGUCUGAUCUUUGUGACGGGGCUCUCAUCCAUCACCGAGGCAGCCCAAGGACCGUACUUCCCUACGCCUCCUCAGCCAGCAGGUUGGCCAAAGCAGAUAUCAUUCGAAACCAUCGGCUAUCGGUGCACCAAGUGUGCCUUGAACAUGCUCAUGGUGGACUGGAACCACAAAUUGAAAGAGGACAAGAUCAAGGUUUGGGCUCUUGCACCUGGUAUGCUAGCAACGAAUCUGGGAGGCGUGGGUCCAGAGAAAGCAGCCGAAAUGGGGGCAAAGCACCCAAGUAUUGGAGGUCAGUUCAUCAGAACCGUAGUUGAGGGCGAAAGAGAUGCCGACGUAGGCAAGAUUGUGGCCCGAGAUGGGAUCAUGUUAUGGUAG